AUGGUGAUUGCCGGCGCUCCUGAGCCGUCGCCAGAGCGCGCUGCCGCCUGGUCGGCAGUGAUCGCCACGCCUCAGUCUGCCCCCGGAACGGCGACCAUGCCGACGAAGCCCCCUGUACCGCCGGUUCCGAAGCCCGCGACAGCAGACGCUGAAAAGACUCUUCCCCCCGCACCCGCGGCUCCCCUUGGCGUGGUCGAGGCUGGCCCGUCGGCUCCUGUUGAAACUCCGCCCGCUCCGACUGCUGCGCCUGUGCCUCCGGCGCCUGUGGUUGCGCCGGUGGCUUCAGCGCCUGCUGGGGAAGCUGUUGCUCGCUCUGUUCCUGCCCCUGGCGCACUCGUUGCACCGACCGCUUCUGUCCCCGACGCGCCUGCGCCGGUGUCUGCUUCUUCCCCGAAGGCGGCGUCCGCCACCACUGUCGACCCGGCUCCGAUGGCUGCGCCUCCUGGUGCGGACCCGGCGGCUCCCGCUCUGCUGCCGGCGGCCCUUGUAGUGCAGCCGUCUCGUCCCCCCUCGCCGGACCGCCGCCUAUCUCGCCCCCAUUCUCCCGCGCCCCAAAAAGAGCGCGAGACGUCGCGGCGCCGGCGCAACUCUCCCCGGCGCUACCAGCAGCAGGCCCAGUGGCCUGCUCACCCUGGUGGCAAUGGGGGCUGGAGGGGCCCCCACGGGCGUGGUGGUGGCGGGAGAUACCGUCCGCCUGUGACAAUGGCGGAUCUCCAGCGGGAGGUGUCGCGGGCCGUGCGUGAGGAGAGGGCGGCGCAGAGUCAGAGCAGUUCGCUGCGGGCCGCGCCAGCGCCCGUGGCUCCUCGUCAGACUGAGCCUCCUGUGGCCCCUCCGCCAGCUGCUGCAUUUCCUCCUCCUGUCCUCGCCCCGUCGGCUCCUUCUCCUUCUGUCUCGGCACCUGCUCCCGGCUCUCGUCUGCAUUUGCCACCGGUUCCGCCUGUUGCGGGGGUGGAGUUUGUUGCAGCGGGGGGUGGCGCUGCGGCUCAACAUUCCCACCACGUUGCUGCUGAUGAGCCGCUGCUGUUUCUGACGGAGGCGCUGCAGCCCCCGCAGAUGCGUCGUGACACGUGCUUGGACGCGGCGGACCAGCUCGCUUCGUUGCUGGCGCCCGUGUUGGCUGCGCCCGUGGAGGGUGGCGCUGCUGCUGCGGGGCAGCUUGACGAGGCUGUCCGGGGCCUGAGGCGGCACUUGCGCGCAGGAUCUGGAGCCGCGGCGAUCGGCGCAAGCACGCUUGUGGUCCGGGAGCUGUGGCGCUCCCUGACGGGCGUUCUUCACGCCCUUGGGGCUCACCACAUGUAG